AUGCCGACCUUUCUAGGCCUCGCCGUCAGCAUCCAUGCCGACAGCAACCCGCUCCCAGAAUACUCGAUACAGAAGCAAUCUAAACAUCACCGCAUCACCUCGUACAUCCCUGUCCCACCCGCAAAGAUACCGCCGGGCGCUACCAAGCCUGAGCAGUCUUCUUUCGCGAUAUCGAUCACUCUGCUCACCCCAGGUCUUCACGUGCCCUACUCGACGCCCAAGCCAACUGACGAUGACCCCAACCCGAAAGCGAAGAUUGUCGGGGGCCUCCCAGGUCAAACCGGAGAGCGGGGCAAGUACGGUCCCACGAUAGCCCCGUACAAGCCCUUGACCACCUCGCCGAACGAGACAAUCGCUGCAUACAUAUACUUUGACGGUCGGGCAAAGGAGGAAGUAGCGACACUGCUGCGACGCGGCGAAGAGACGUGGGUCAACUCACGGUGGGUCAGCGUGCCAGAGUCAGAAGGCGGGGGUCUCGCAGAGCGCGAGUUCCUCUUCCGCGAGGUCGGUCUCGAGAGAUGGCUCAACGGUCUGGAUCUCGAGGGCAAGGACAAGGACGUGGCCGCCAAGAUUGAGCGGAGAAAGCAGCGCCUGGAAAAGAAGCGGGCAAAACGGAGAGAGGCCAUGGACAGCAGCGAUGAGGACAAGAAGACCUCCGGCAACGGUGUACUGCGCUACAGCGAAAGCAAGGACGCGCCUGUCGAGACGCUUUCCGGCAACGACGAAUUCUUCACCACCGACUCCGAUUCGGACGACGAGCCCCCCAUGCCCGAGGCAGCGGGACAAAUCAAGGUCGCCCUGUUCCGCGUCCUGGCGUCUGGAGAGAUCAAGCGCGGCGAGUACUCGCCCCAGUUCGACGCACACGAUGACGACGAGCAAAACGGAGGAGGAGAGGGCGAAGACGUUGACCACACAACGAGUUUCGCAAAGCCUAAGACGCUGGACCCCAAGUCCAUCAGCACCCAGACUGUGACUGGAAUAGAUCCCCCGGACAAGCCCUACGCCGUCUUUACCUUUUUGUACCGCGGAGAGCGUCAACUGCGGAAGAUGGGUAUUCUGAACACCAAGGAGACGCCCAAGAUCACCUCGCCACAGACCAAGCGGAAAUCUGGCGCACUCGACUUUGGCAGUCUGAAGCCUCUGAACGCGGCCGCUGGAACAAAGAACUUUGGAGGUUACCGAGAGACUUCGCCCAAGUCUAAGAAGAAGACGGAGGACGCCAUGGACAGCGACGCCGACGACGAGGACGAUGUCAAGGUGGAGGACGCGGAUGACGAUAAGGAGGUUCUCGACAAGGGCUUGCUGUCGCCUGAGGAUGCUCACAGGCAAGGCGAACUUGCAGAGGGCGUGCGCAAGAUCAAGUUGAAGCGUCAACAUUCCGCAGAACCUCUCGGCCGCCCCGCAGGACCCUCCCACUCCGACUCGACAGGAUCUCCUCUUUCUGGUACACCAGCACCAGAAAACGCGUCGACAGGAGAGGCAUCAUCCUCAGCCGCUGCGAACACCUCCGGAGAGCCCAGCACAAACUCAAUCGCUUCACCCUAUAAGAAGCAGCGCGCUUCAUUACCCGGGUUCGACGACAACGUGCGCAAGAGCCUGGGCCAAGCCCUCAUGGACGCCCACAACCAAGGCCGAGCCAACUCUGACGGGAACAUCCCCACCAUCGAAACCAAGAUGGAAGAGGACGAGGAGUUGUGA